AGUCAGCACAGGGAGUUUGGGUCGUGCUGGAGGAGCUGGCUGUGUGCAGGCGGCCGAGUGAGCUGCCUGCUAAUGGGGCUGGGCCACCCCGUGCUGCUCCCUGGAGGCUGGACAAGGCUGGGAUUGUUCCCUGGCUCCCCUUUGUCUCCCCACUCCCCGCCCAGGCCUGGCCCGCCUGCCUGGCCACUCUUCCUCCAUCAGCCUGGCUGGCAGCAGCCUUGGACUCCGCCCGUGGAGCCCUGGGCCUGUUGACCCACCAGCCUAGGAGCACCCACCAAGCUCUGGGUCAACGUGGAGGUACCAGGCCACCAUGCUCAGUCUCAAGCUGCCCCAACUUCUUCAAGUCCACCAGGUCCCCCGGGUGUUCUGGGAAGAUGGCAUCAUGUCUGGCUACCGCCGCCCCACCAGCUCGGCUUUGGACUGUGUCCUCAGCUCCUUCCAGAUGACCAACGAGACGGUCAACAUCUGGACUCACUUCCUGCCCACCUGGUACUUCCUGUGGCGGCUCCUGGCGCUGGCUGGCGGCCCCGGCUUCCGUGCGGAGCCGUACCACUGGCCGCUGCUGGUCUUCCUGCUGCCCGCCUGCCUCUACCCCUUCGCGUCGUGCUGCGCGCACACCUUCAGCUCCAUGUCGCCCCGCGCGCGCCACAUCUGCUACUUCCUCGACUACGGCGCGCUCAGCCUCUACAGUCUGGGCUGCGCCUUCCCCUAUGCCGCCUACUCCAUGCCGGCCUCCUGGCUGCACGGCCGCCUGCACCAGUUCUUUGUGCCUGCCGCCGCACUCAACUCCUUCCUGUGCACCGGCCUCUCCUGCUACUCCCGUUUCCUGGAGCUGGAAAGCCCUGGGCUCAGUAAGGUCCUCCGCACAGGAGCCUUCGCCUAUCCAUUCCUGUUCGACAACCUCCCACUCUUUUAUCGGCUCGGGCUGUGCUGGGGCAGGGGCCACGGCUGUGGGCAGGAGGCCCUGAGCACCAGCCAUGGCUACCACCUCUUCUGCGCGCUGCUCACUGGCUUCCUCUUCGCCUCCCACCUGCCUGAAAGGCUGGCACCAGGACGCUUUGAUUACAUCGGUGAGGGCACGCCUGGCCCGGCCCGGGAAGAGGCAGGGGCAGAUGCCUUCCCAGAGCACAGAAUGAACUGGGCCACAGCCACCAGUUAUUCCACAUCUGUGCAGUGCUGGGCACCCACUUCCAGCUGGAGGCAGUGCUGGCUGAUAUGGGAUCACGCAGAGCCUGGCUGGCCACACAGGAACCUGCCCUGGGCCUGGCAGGCACAGUGGCCACACUGGUCUUGGCUGCAGCUGGGAACCUACUCAUUAUUGCUGCUUUCACAGCCACCCUGCUUCGGGCCCCCAGUACAUGCCCUCUGCUGCAGGGUGGCCCACUGGAGGGGGGUACCCAGGCCAAACAACAGUGAGGCCCCAUCCCUGACCCUGUCCUGGAGGGGGCAGAGGCCAGGCCCCAGUGCUGACGAGGAGCCCAGAUUUGGGCCUAAUCAGGUGGGGAUGCAUCUCAGCCUGGAACCAACAGGGGCUGAGGAGAGAGGGCACAGGAGAGAGGGCAGAGAAGAGGAGGGGUGUCUAGGGGGACUGGCAGAGUGUGAGAGGGACCGUGAGGGGGCUCUUGAUGGGAGUGGAAGAAGUGCUGAGGGUCUGAGAGGGGAGAUGCAUGCGUGUCCAGGCUGAAGAUGCCCCUAUAUUCUGUCAAAGGUUGGCGGGGGGAGGUGUUGGGGUCCUUUCAUCUGGCUCCGUUUCUGGUGCUUCUGGAAGUCUCUGCUCAGCACAGGGAAGAACUAACACGACUAACCUAGGCCUACCCUGAAUGCUUCUUGCUAACCAGGCCGAGAGGCCACACACUUGCCCCCCCCCAUCCCCACAAACCAGGUAAUGCCAGUUUGCCAGCAGCUAUUUGCCUAUAGAGAUGAGUCUGUCCUGGUCAUAACUGUGUGCCCAAGGUGUCCAGGCUUUUGGGGGUGGGCCUAUCUGGGUGCAUUAUGGAUGGUUUGGUGGAUUGAGGUGUGGGGAGGAGGGUCCUAGGCUAGAGGGGGUAUCCCUAGUUAGACUUUGGGAAGCCACCUUCAAUGUUUUCUGGAACAAGGAAGGUACAAAUAAAAAAAAAAAACUUUGGAAAGCA